UCCUUUCGGUACAUUGUGCAUUACUGUAUUGUAGCGAUCUGCUUGUUUUCUUUUCCUGAGCCCUGAAAACUUAAGAUAGGAAGCUCUUCUGUGGAGUGUGUUUCUUGGAAAGAGUGCAAUACGGGGUUUCUUGGAAGGGAAAAGAAUACUGCUAGGGCCAUCUCCACCAGUACCAACACUGUGGUUUCCCUGCCCCUUGCACAGGGGCGGCUCCUGUUAUGUAAUAUCAGCAGCCCCCAGCGAGGCGAGGCGGGGCUCAUACUGUACGGCUCUGGCCACCUGGAGUCUGGAACAGCAGCAGCGAUGGAGGCACCCUGAAGCCCCAUAGCAACUGGGCCCGGAGAGGUGGAAGGCGCUUACAUGAGGGGGAAAUUGGGGGUCCUUUCUGCUGCACAUCCUGGAGGAAAGCCUUUUCUUCCCCACCCCCAAGCUGCACACCUGGCUAGACGGCUAGGAAUUUCACCAGGAAGAAACUUGGCAUCCUUGUGGCUUCAUGAAUGUCUGAUCCAGGCAGCUGCACACUGCAGAUUCACAGGGCUGCUGCAGAGAACUUAGCUGCCACGGCUAAUUUUGGAGGCACCUUGCUGGAGCAGACACUGGGCAGAAGUCGACCUGAUAAGAUGUCCCCCUGCCCACCUCAACAGGGAUGGACUCGGAGUACCUUCCUCCCUUUGUACAACCCCCUGGCAGGGGGGGAAGCUUGCUCACAGGGGGAAAUGGAGCUAACCUGGCAAGAGAUUCUCUCAAUCUCAGAAUUGCAGGGUCUUGAUAUGCCAGCCGAGAGUUGCUACGAUCCAGCUUUAUGUGGUCAUUCCCAACAGGUGGUACCAUCCUCUAGCUACGGGCCGUGUGCAGGGAUGGGCGAGGGUUCUGUUUCCAAUUACAAUCACCCUACUACUGCAGCUUAUGACCAUUCCUACCCAGAAAACCUGCCUGCUUCUUGUACACUUUACAGUUACACCGGCAUGCUGAUCUCUUCCUCUCUGGAGCCUCCAGGAUCUGCUAUGCUGGGCGGAUAUAAAGGGAUGCCAGGGAUGAUGUUGGGGAGGGAGCUGACUAAUGGCUAUGGACCACAGGGACCUUGCAAGCUCCAAGAAGAUCUGGAAUCGGACUCUGGAUUAUCCCUUAAUUACAGUGAUGCAGAGUCCCUGGAAGCUGAGGGACUGGAACAGGCAGAAUAUCCAUCUUUGUAUCCCUUGGACCAUGUUCCAGCAUACCCUCCAUUGGCUCCUGUCCCAGAGAUGCCCUUCCCUGAGCAUCACCCAGAGCAUUCAUUGGAAAAAGGGCAGAGCCCACGGGGAGAAUUAGUUGGCAACAGGGAUGAACGUCGGGCUCACGCCAUGAAAAUCCCCUUCCCUGUGGAAAAGAUCAUCAACCUGCCGGUGGAUGACUUCAAUGAGCUGCUGUCACGUUUCCCGCUGAGUGAGCCUCAGCUCGCACUAAUUCGGGACAUCCGCCGCCGCGGCAAGAAUAAAGUGGCAGCUCAAAAUUGUCGCAAGCGCAAACUGGAGACAUUGGUGCACCUGGAGCAGGAGCUGGAUGAACUAAGUCGUGAGCGGCAGCGCUUGUUACAGGACCGCGGAGAGUUUAACAGGAGUCUGACACUGACCAAGCAGAAGCUGGGAGCCCUCUACCACCAAGUCUUUUGCAUGUUGAGGGAUGAAGCUGGCAAUGCCUAUUCCCCCGAUGAAUAUGUGCUGCAGCUCACUAUUGAUGGCGGUGUCUUCCUUGUUCCACGCAACAAGCAGCCAGAAAGUGCCAAUGGCUGAACUGAACAAGUUGUGGUAGAAACUGGGGGGAUGGAAUGCAGCCAGUUGACCCCCAACAAAAGCAUCUCUCUAGGGGCUCGGGACCACUCAAAUGUUAAAAGAGUUCAGAUUCCAUACCGUACAGCUGAACUGAACAUUCAAAUCACCCAGAAAUAUUUUUCACUUCAUUAGGAGAAAAAAUGGGGUUUGAUGAAAACGGUACCUAGAAUUUAUUCUUUAUCCAGGCAUCCAUCUUUCUAAAACUUAACAGUCCCACCAGACUUCGCUGAUGUGGCCAGUUGUGAUGGAUGAAUUAUAAUCCCAACAGUAUUUCUAAGGACUAUUUGUAACCCUCAACCCUUUGCUUACUUCGGUACUUCAAGCCAAAUUACCUUGCAUACAAUAUAUAAGGCACUUGCUCACCUUACAGCUUUAAAAUGUUCCCAACAUAUUGGACUACAAUUUCCACUGUCCAGAGCAAAUAUGAAGCUUAUUGUAAAUUAGUUGUACACCCAUUUCUACACAUUUCCAGAAUGUUGAAUUAAAAAAUAAAAAAUGAAUUCUGCUACAUCCUAGUUAAGACUAUAAUGCUGGGAGAUGUAAGAAAUGAAUGUUGCUUGUAUUCAAAAUUAUAAGCUCUAAAUGGGUUUCCCAUUUUCUUUUUGAUUGUUUUGUCAUACAUUUUCAAAUCUAGGCUAUUCCUUUUCAAAGCACUUGCCAGGGUCAUUACCACUGUAUACCAGCCAUAAAAAAAUUGGUGGCAAAGGGUUUAAAAGAUUUGUUUUUAAAGGCUACAGAAAAUGUGUACACAUCAUUCUGAAACAUUAGUUUUGGCAUCCAUGUUUAUAACACGAAUCAAUAUGAAUUGAAAAUUGGAUUUUGUGGGAUGAACAUUAGGACAACUUCCGCUUGCAAGUUAAUAAAUGCCAGAAUCAUGUACUGAAGCAAAAUCAUAUUGGUCUAUGAUAUCCAAAACUCAGGAGUCUGAUAGCACCUUUUCAGGCUAACAUUUAAAAAGGCAUAUACUGUUGUGAGUUGCAACUCAUGAAAGCUUGUGCCUUUUUUAAUAAAAUAUGUUACUAGACAUCUGAUUUAAGGCAAUUUGCUAAUCUUAAGAGAAUGUUUCGGCUUUUCAGAUUGAACCAUAACUGCUGAGAUUAUAUGAGGUGGUCCUAGAACACAAGA